ACGGCGACGACGACGACGACGACGACUGUGGCUUUAAGAGCGCGCCCGGAGCCCGGGAUCCAGUCGGGCUGUCCUUUGCUGCUGCGCACGCCCGCGGAACCCGGCCCAGCGCUGGCGGGACGGAGCAGCUCGCUGCCGGGCUGCUGAGAACCAGCCCUAGACCUCUGUUUGAAGGUCCAUCCUCUGAAGACAUCACCAGUGUGUGGAGCCUGCCCCACACCCACCCCCUGCCAAACCACGGCCUUUACCUGUGUCUUCCAGUGUUUCCCGUGCGACCCAUCCUGUGGGAGUGCCCCGUGGGCCACCCCAGAGUUUACCCCACACUCAGCGGCGCCAAUGGUGAAGAUGACAAGAUCCAAGACUUUCCAGGCAUAUCUGCCCUCCUGCCACCGGACCUACAGCUGCAUUCACUGCAGAGCUCACUUGGCCAAUCAUGAUGAACUCAUUUCCAAGUCGUUCCAAGGAAGUCAAGGACGGGCAUACCUCUUUAAUUCAGUAGUUAAUGUGGGCUGUGGGCCUGCAGAAGAGCGAGUGUUGCUAACAGGACUGCACGCAGUCGCAGACAUUUACUGUGAAAACUGCAAAACCACUCUGGGCUGGAAAUAUGAACAUGCCUUUGAAAGCAGCCAGAAGUAUAAAGAAGGCAAAUACAUCAUUGAGUUAGCACACAUGAUCAAGGACAAUGGCUGGGACUGAUUGGAGAAGUACCCCCAACCCAGUGUCCACGUGAAUGCCAUCCAACUGAACAUUCUACCCAAGCGUGAGAGAGUGACUGAACUUGGUUCCAUCCAUUUAGAGGCCUUGCCAUCUGGGGCAUCUUCCCACACUGACGACAUCUUUCUGGUGACUGGCCUCUAAAUCGCUGUCUCUCUGUCUCUUUGCUUUGUAUCUGUUUGUGAGUUGAUCCUGGCUUCUCUCUCUGUUCUAGUGUUGGCUAAAAACAAAACAACAAAAUGAACAGAUGCCCGACUGCAUGGCGGCAGUCUGCCUUGAUAGGGGCCCCAGGGCCCAUGCAAGAGCUGCCCGGUGGCCUCUUGUCAGGAGUGCAGUGGCACAGGGGUGAGAGGAAGGAAGGGGGAACCCUGGGGGUCCUGAGAGUGGGUAGGGGUGGGAGGGUGGAGGUAGGGACAAAAUUGUGCUGCUCCUAGAGACCUGGUAAUCUAGGCUUGAAAUAAUCAACUUGUCUAAAAGGACAAAGAGAAAAAAAUACCUCAUGACUGCAUUCUCUCUGACCAGAAGCUUCUGUUCCUGACACCAAAUGUGCCAGGUUAGCAAAUGAGCACAAGAAGUGGCCCUAAUUCUAGCAGACGGGGCAAAGCCCUGGUUCUCCUGGGCUGAGUUGGGGAGUGUCCUGGCAGCAGUCAGUGACUUGGGUAAAGCCCAGAUGGGUUUUGAUGACUCUGAUGCCUUGCUGCGCCUCGAGGUUCUCUUCUUCUUUGCCUCUUCAGCCACUGUAGGUGAGCAGAGAGGGGACUGCCAUUUGUUAUGGGUGCAAGAUCCAAAUAUCCCAAAGGCUUUGACUAACAACCAAGUAAAAUCUAUAAUUAAGGACAGCAGGGAACAAAGGGGGCUGUAGUUUGGGAGUUCCUGCGGAAAUGGCUCAGAUAUGGGGCCAGAGAAGUAAAAAGUAGAACCAGGUAGCAAUUCUGCCUGUCUGACCUUUUUUCUGACCCUUAAUAAGAGCAAUGUGGCAAGGAACGGGGUGUUUAGUUUGGAACCAUUACAAGUUAGGUUCAACUUUCCUCUUAAAGUGUGCAUGGGCUUCAGUGGGAUCAGCAAUUCUUUGUACCUGGAGUUUUGGGUGUUUUUCUCCAUUUCUAUCGGUGUAGAUUGUGGAAAACAUAAGCCCAAGGCUUUGAGGUUAGUGAUAACCUGGCAGGUGGAUUCUUCAUGCCCCUAGUUGUUCUCCUUGGACUUAAAUGUCUUAUGUGGAGAAAAAUCUCCUGUCAGCGUGGUCCAGCAGUAGUGUCAAACUUCAGGUUACAAAUUCCCGUAUUAUCCACCUACCCUCCACCUCCUCACCCAAACUUCAUGAUAUUAUGAAAGUAAAGAACAAAACCCUGUAAGGCUUAUGAGAGAAAGAGGAGUUCGUUACAUUUAAUCAACACUGUGAAGUCUGUUUUACAGCAGUCCAUCCAGUGCAUGACGUCAGAUUCAUUUAACUGAAUUAAUUUCAUUUCUUAGGCUGAAAAUAUUAUUGCUAGUAUGUGUAUGUUAGGUAAUUCUCAGCAUCUCAUUCUCCAAGUAGGCUGAUCCUAUAGGAAAAUUUACCGUAAAAGUCACAAAAGAGUGAAUUCAUGAAGACGAGAAUCUGUGAAAUUGAUUAACCAAGAUUAAAGCUGCCAGCCCAGAACGUUUUCAGAAUUGCUUCUGCAGCAGAACCAAAUUUCCACAAGGAGCGAGUCCAUGGUGGAAAUGGCUUUUUUGUGUCUCUAUGUACUGGUUACAAAAUGGGAGACGUGGGAAGGGCGUGGUUCUGCCCCGCUGUGGUGGAGGACGGGACUGACAGAAAGCAAGGUAGGGUAGCUGCAGGUUAGCACUAGACCUCUGCUGUAACACAGAAAGGAGUCCUAGAAAUAGAAUUUUCUUCCCAAAGAUUUCUUCCCUAGAUCUCCCCUGUGCUUUAGCAGCCCUGGAGAUUGAGGAAGUAAGCUGUUCUCCCCACUUUACUGAAAGGCAGGCUGAGGUUCAGAAGAAGUAUUUCAUUUCUGCUCCCAGAGUAGCAUUUCUUCUGGCUCCCAGGCUCCAAGAUCUCAACAAAAAAACAUUUUCAAUUUUCACAUUCCCAGACUGGCUUGCCAACACAGAAAUCAUGGACUUUCCCCCUCUCUGUCUUCCCUGAAGGAAGUAGCCUUUGUUAUGAAUUUUGAUUAGCUUCUUUGCUCAGGGUAAGUCCAGACAUUGAUACUCCUUUCCAUAAAAAGAAAAGGGGGGAUUAAAUGACAAUGGGGGUUAAAUACUGGACAUAGGAUGCCCUAGAAUUUUCAAGGAACAGAGAAGGAGACCAAUAUGCCACUAUUUUUUCUUGGGGAUGGAGCCUCUGUUUGCUGCAGGAUCAGAGCAGGCUCCAGUCACACCCUGGUUCCGGUUUUAUUCGGUUAGUAUCAAGUGAGCAUCCAAUGGGUGCAUGGCACCAUACUUGGUGUGAGAGAUCUGAGUAGGGUUUUGUUUUUUCCCAAAACUACAGGAAAGAAAAAAUUCAUUAGGCUUUCCCUUUGUGUCAGUGAAACCUAAAGUGCUUCUUAUAAGUUUAGCUCUUGUUCAUGGCUUGUCUAUCUAACGUCUAGCAGUAUUGGAGGGGCCAUAGCUGAGCAAUGGAGAUGUGUCAACUCAUGGCCUCAGUCAGUUCAUUCUUUAAUUAGUUUCCUCACCAAAUUAUCGACUCAGAGCAUAACCAAAGACCUCAUCCAUUCACCCCUGGUAGGUUCAGGGAAUUGGAGUAUGUUUGGGUAGAGGGAGGGGGACAGGGAAAGGGAGAGGUGAGAAAGGGAAAGGCAUGAAGUCUUAUACCUUAGCCAGCAGCUGCCUUCAUUUUGAACUGAAGUCCAGCCGGCAGACUAUCUAGUUCCAUCUCGCCUGUGGCACCCUAGAUUGUAUGGCCUUGGCUGCCAUGGAUUACACCCGAUCCCCCGGGACAUUCGUCUCUGGCUGCUGGUGGUGGGUUGAUUUGACAUGAAUCAAAUAUAGCCGAACUUGAUGCCCACAAGUUCUCAGCUGGGCCUGGCUGGGUCCUGCCCCAACUCCUAUCCAGUAAGAUCACUAAAGUCAGUUUGCACUGGUGGACCAGCGUGUGCAAAAGAGGUGUCCCCUUUAUAAAAAGAUUUUCAAGUUGAUAUAUAUAAAGAAACAGUUGCUUGUGAAAUAUACUUUUGUAAAUAAUAUUUAAUUUUUUAAAUAAUAUAUUUGGUGCUGUUUUCUCAGAUCCCCUGAGAGCACUUUUUAUUUUUGUUUGUAAAUUCUAUGGUUUCCUCUGCAUUUCUUGAAGUACAUUUUAAGGGAAACAGUUAUCACCAAUAAACUUUUAUUUUUUAAAGGUCUAUCAUUUUCGUCUGGACCGAGGCAAUAAAACACUGCCUCUCUGCAUUUUUUCCAAUGGAACAGACUCUGCAGUACGUUACCAUGUUGAGAAUUGAAAUAUUUUCUUGCACCAGUAUUGGCUAGAAAAGAAAUAAAUAAAAUCAAGUAAACUUAGUAACAACUUUUGAGUGAUUCCUCUUGUUGGAAGAAUUUCCAACUAAUUGGAAUCUUGUUUUUUUACUGUGUGUGUGAUGAGGGGGUGGGGGAAGCACUUUGGAUUGUACCUCCUGUUUUUCUCUUUUUAUUGGGGACAUAACUACAGUUUACACCUCGGGCGCAUACAAUUUUUUUCCCUUUCUCUCUGGUUGUUUUUGUUUCUUAGUGGACCAACAGCACAAACCACGAGGUUUUUGUUUUCCUAAGCAGGGAGCUGUUGCCGAUUUGCUCCUUUUUCUUUCUCUGUGUGCUCAGCUUUUAGAAGCUGUAAAGGAAAUGUGUUGUUUGGAAGAUCAAGCAGAGUCAAAUCUGUGCUGCUUACUGAGAUGCGAGUGUAUUAAUCAUGUAUCCCAGGGCUCCAGUUGUUUUAGAAGCCACAUCAUGUUAAACUUUAACUGGUUUGAGUUGAAAGACCAUUAAUAAAAAAUACACAUACCUUGUAGGUAAACAGCUUUUUUUUUUUAAAGGUCAGAUUGCCUCAGGUUCAGGAAGAGGCUAGGAAAUCAAAUCUUGAACACAAUCAACUUCCAUAUUUUAAUAGAAUCUGCCUCAAAUGAGAAAACUUGCUAGUGGUCUAGGUAGAGGAAAGAGACGUUUAAUUUUUUUAAAACUAAAAUACAGUCAUGAAAUCUACCGACAGUGGAAGGUAAAACCAAGAAUAACCAAGCUGUUCUUGUGUUACCAAAUUCUGUCGGCCCCUAUGUUUUUGUAUAACAUUUCAGUGAAAGUGGGAGUCAGUUCCCUUUUUCCAGUCUGCAGAGACUAUCUUUCAAUACAGAAUCUAUUUAUGCUUGUGUUUACAAACUGUAAUUGUUGGGUUCAGGUUUUUUUUUUUUUUUUUUUUUUUUUGCAUUUUUGAGGUCACUUCGCUUCAAUAACAAAAGUAAUUGUUUUCAAAUAAUUUGUCUUCACCUUUUCCUGUAUUUGUAUAUAGUGAUUCAGUAUUAGAGAAAAGUGCAUUGUUUCUGUCAUAUUUCCAAUCUGUGUUGGUGCUCAUUUGAGAAAAUAAAGUUUUCAACUAUUAACUCUUUGGAGGACUCAUCUGUCAUCUUUGACCCAGCCUGUUUUAUCUUGAUGUUUAACAUUUAAAGUGCUGAAGAGCCUGCAGGAGGUCAUCUAGUCUAACUCAGUUCACAGAUCUGUCACCUGAGACCCUAAGCAGUUAUUUUUCCCAAGAACAGCCAGCCAAUUAAUGAAUAAAAAUCAGAUCUCUUGCUUACCAGCAAAUGCUUCUCCUUACUUUAGCUAUCAGAAAUGCAUGAGUUCUGUUUUCUAAACUCCGUAUUCUGCAAGUUUAUUCUGAUGACACCAAUUUUUUUUGGUGGAGAUAGGAUUGCAUUGAGUGUGGGGCGGGGGAAAGAAGUAAAGAACAAAAUCAGUCAAGAGGGGAUGGUGCACCUGACCCAAGCCAUGGUAUUUUCAGUCGCCUCGUAUGAAUGGGAAAGUGGAACAAUGAAUAGGGAGGACUGCAGAAGAACUGACACAUUUGAAUCAUGGUGU